UCUCUCUCUUGUUCUCGUUUCUUCUUCCUCUUUCUUUCUCUCUUUCUGUUUCUUCUCCAUUUCUUUUUCCUCUCUCAAUCCUUCCCCAAACCCAUCUCCUAGAUCCCUAACCCCAAACUCACGGCAACAAGAACGGCAGGUCGGCAACGAGGACGGCGACGAGUACGGCUUCCAUCUUUCUCCUCUCAUUUCUUCCCCAAAUCCAUCUCUUAGAACCCUAGUCCCAAACUCACGGCAACAAGGACGGUAAGUCGGCAACGAGGACGGCGACGAGUCUGCUUGAAGUCGGGUUAAAAAUCGACCCACCCAUUUCCCCAGGCGUCUUCGUUUCAAUCUUUGUUCUUCAGCUGCCGAUUAAACAAGAUUGCUCACUGAAAGACCAACGCGCCACUGCUCGCCGCCGGGAACCACCGACCUGCCGCUUACUUUAGCCAUCGUCUCUUCUACUAUUUUGCGGCCGUCUCGCUUUAUCUGCUCUCUCAGGGAAAAUUAUGUGAGAAGCUUUGGCAUGCCCAAGUUAAGAACGGUGAAAAAUGCUUCUAAGCAGGUUUCCAAUGCGCUGCUUUUGCAGCUCCACUGUGUUUUCGAAUCCACAACCAUGGCUUUUUGUGGGUUUGGGCAAUCCAGGGGAUAAAUUCACAGGCACCAGACACAAUGUGGGGUUUGAAUUGGUUGAUGCAUUUGCCAAAUCACAAGGAAUCUCAAUGGACUCUGUCCACUGCAAAGCCAUCUUUGGAAAAGGUUUCGUCAAUGGGGUUCCAGUUUUCUUGGCGAAGCCUCAGACUUACAUGAAUCUAAGUGGUGAAUCUUGUGGCCCGCUUGCAGCUUACUAUAAGCUUCCUCUUACCCGGGUGCUAGUGUUUCAUGAUGACAUGGAUUUACCUUGUGGGGUUCUUCGUCUUCACCCUAAGGGAAAUCAUGGAAGUCACAAUGGGCUGAAAAGUGUGAUCUAUCAUUUUCGUGGGAAUAGAGAAUUUCCGCGGUUAAGAAUUGGUAUAGGGAGGCCUCCUGGUCAAAUGGAUCCAAAAGCGUUCUUACUCCAAAAGUUCAAUGCCAGAGCUCAAGGAAGGAUUAAUGCUGCAUUACAAGAAGGUGUUGUUGCUCUGGAACAAGUCUUGUCCAAAGGCUUGACAGAGAGUGCGAGGUGCUUCAAUAAGGAGCAGAAAUACAAACAUAUAAGGCUGCAAACAAUGCCCGUAUGAGUUUAUCAAAGCUAAUCAUGUACCUGAUUGAUCAUUGCAAGGGAAAUCAGCUUGUCGAGUAGCUCCACUUCUAUAUGUCAGUGUGAAGGAGAUAAGAGGCAGGGGAGAAAUGGAAGGAGCUGAUUUAAUGUAUGCAUUGCACAGUAUGGAUGGCUUGCUUGAACCAUGAUGCUCAAGUGCAAAUUGUGGAAUCACAUUUAUCACUUUUCCAGAUAUCAAGAAACCCAUGUCCAAAUGAAGGGGUCUUUUAUAUAAAAAAAUCCCGAGCUAUAUAUAUAAAAAGUUAGUCUGUUAAAAUCGACUGACAGGUAAUCAUAACAAUAUUUGGAAAGGGUAGACCCGUUUGGUGAUGUAGUAUACAUACUGCAUAAGGGUAUGUAUGUGUAUGGAGAUGAUUGACGACAUGGGCAUUGGCCUACGUUCUCCUGUAUUGAAUUUCGUAUCAUUAGCCUUACUUUUCAA